AGUCGACCAUCGUCUCGUUGUUGAACCUCUGGUAAACCCUGAUAUAUUGUGCAAUUUUUAGGGUUUGGUUCGCUAGUCUAUCACUAUUGGCGUUCAUAACUGAGUAUCUUUCAUCGUUCGUGUUCUCAGUCACUCAGAAGUCUGAUAGUAAUGGCGGCCAACAAUAAAACACCAGCACCAACACCAACACCAACACCGGCACCAAUCCAGUUGGACAAAGAACAGAUCUUUGACAUGGCAGAGAAGGAGAUGGAGUAUAGGGUUGAAUUGUUUAACAAGCUUACCCAAACAUGUUUCGAUAAGUGUGUCGAGAAAAGGUUCAAGGAGACCGAGUUAAACAUGGGUGAAAAUAGCUGCAUCGAUCGUUGUGUUUCAAAAUACUGGCAGGUGACCAAUCUCAUUGGGCAGCUGCUUGGUUCCCAUAACAGUAAGCCUCCAGUGUAAAUUUUGGCAUACUUAUCAAACUAUGCUCAGAAUAUCAUUUGCUCCAAAUUACACACAUAAUUGAUUGGCUGCCAAGGGAAUCUGGGAAAUUUCUUGACGUUCAAUCCAGUUAUUUAAGUUUUUGUAAUUCUGAAUCUAUGGUUUUAUAAACUGAUGCAAUCAGCCAGUGGUAAGUUAGAACUUCGCGGUAAAUUAUUUUUCUUAUUACAAGUAACCUUGUGGAAAAUUCUUAUUGUUUCAAGGUAAUCCAGUAGUAUUGUUACAAGGCAAGGAACUGAAGGUUAUUAUAUUUUGCUAUUUGGUUCA